AUGGCAUUUGGCAAAGUAUGGUAUGAUAUAUACAAUAAUAGACAUGAGCAUGCAGUCAGUUUAAUGUUACGUAAAAGUCAUUUAAGAAGUAAAAUUCAACAUCGUGUACCUGAAUUUGACAUAAUUGAUAAUGAUGAAACGACAAAUAUUGGAAGAGUUUAUCCAUUUUCAACUGAUCUUGAACGAACUGAAUAUGGAAAAGCUGUAGCUAUGAAGAUUCCACACAAUAUGAAAGUUGAAACAAAGGCAACAUUAUUAAUGGCAACACUCAUCAUUGUACGUUGUUCUUUUCAUACAUGA